UAUCAUUCACCCAAUAAGAGCUGAGCCAUUAUGUAAGCGUACCUGCAUCGCCCUGAGGGCGAUAGUCGACCUACAACCAGCUUCCCUCCUUAAAAGGCUUGCAUUGAACUGGUAAAAUUCUUUUUGGUGUUCAUACUAGUACCUGAUAUUCCCUGUUUUCUGGAAAUUGCCCUUCAUCUGGCUUUUUGAAGUUGUGUCAUUUAAUUUCUGUCGUUGCGAAAUCGCGAACAUGAACGACGGCGGGCCGAAUCAUCUAGAAUCGCUUACCCAGCCUUACGACUCCAGGCUCCUUACCCAAAGUCAUUUUAGGUUGAUCGAACUUAUUCCUGGGAAGUGGGAGGACCCUCUGAAAUGUAGCCUCGAACAAUUUACGCUUGAUAGGCCAGUCUCAUAUAGAGCACUUUCUUACGCUUGGGGCUCUUCGGCCACAACAAGUCCAAUCCAAGCCAAUGGAGUUGAAAUGCAAAUAACCAAAAAUCUCGAGACGGCUUUAAAAAACUUAAGAGAGGAGGCCUUCGCUGUUACGCUUUGGGUUGAUGCUCUAUGCAUUAACCAAAACGAUCUUGAUGAGAGGCAGGCUCAAGUACAGAUUAUGCGGGACAUCUAUAGCUGCGCGGCUAGUGUAGUCGUCUUUCUUGGUGACGGAGCUUCUCAUUUUACUCCUAGCCAUUAUCAGCCAGAAAAACCAGCGGAUUACACAUUUCCCAAUGACCUUGAGAAUUGUCUUAUGCUUGAAGUAUUUCUGAGACAGCAUGGAACACUGGCGAAUGUCUUCGGUAGGGGGUUUGAGCCAUUUUGCCUCGUCGCCCUGUUUGCUCAGCAUAACAGUAAACAUAUCGACGAUCUAUUGGGGCUUGGGGAGAAAGUCUUGCAAGAAUUAUUCGAAGAUCUUCGCAUGAUGUUGUUGAGUCCGUGGUGGAGUCGCAUCUGGGUCUUUCAGGAGAUCAUUGUUUCUAAGAAGAUUUCCAUCCAGUACGGCAGUUCCAGUGUUCCAUGGGGUGUGUUUAGAAAUGCCUCGCACAAUAUUUACGGCUGCCACGCUACGCAGAGUAGGCGUCUCCAAUCCGAGAACCUCAAAGUAUUAGAUUUGUUCCGGGCGAAAAUCUGUGAUAUUGAGGAUGGUCGCAAACGAUGGAUACUUGGUAGGCAUCUGAGAAAGAACAAUGCUGGAGCCGGGCUACUUGCCCAUUUACGGGACACGAACGGCCGUAAAGCUUCGGAUGACCGGGACAAAGUAUACGCACUUCUUGGUCUGCUCCCCUAUGGCCUUGAUAUUAUGGCCGAUUACCACAUGACGGUUUCGGAUGUUUUUAUUCGAACUGUCCGAAAUAUCAUUAGGGUAACGAGAAACCUUGACGUACUUGUGGGAGACCUCGGACGGAAAAACAGGAAUGAUCUUCCUUCAUGGAUCCCCGACUGGAGCGCCAUCAUCCACGACAAGGAAAUCCUGCGCUCAAAAUGUGUCACUAAAGUGUAUAAUGCCUGCAAAGAUUUGAAGUUUGUUUGUGGAUCUACCCUAGCACAUGACUCGGUAUUUCCUCUGGGAUCUUAUAGGGAAUUUAUCUAUGCGAGUCUGAUACAGAAGACCGUGACUGGGCGAGGAACCUACUUCGUUAUACAGCCAGAUGAAGACAAGGCUAUUCGACUAUUGGGUCAUUAUACACUACCUCAGCCGGAAUACAACCUUCAGGUGCUCCUUCGUGAUUAUAUUGAGAUACUUUUUGGUCGCCUUAGUGUUACCGCAAGCUAUGUUGGCGAAAUCAUAUUCUCUAGCGACCCAUUUUAUGCUUCCCCAGACAUGAAAAUGAUAGAACAACUUUGUCGCCAAUGGGCCACUAAAUUGCCCUCGGAAUCGGCCGAAAGGCCCUUUAUCCCCCAAGUCACUAUUGAUACACUGAGAGCAUUGGUUUUCGACUUGAUCUUUGUCGAAGAACGGUUCCGGAGAUCCCGUGCCGGUGACGAAAUACAUUUGCAACAAUGGUUCCGGGCCAAAGUAUCACCCACUGAGAAAGCUUAUGAAGAUGUAUUAGGGUUUGAUGAUGUUCUAAGCUUCAUGUCCUUCAGGCGACGCCUAUUUAUGACCGGUGAUGGUAAACUCGGAUGGGGACCCAACGGCCUACUGCCCGGUGAUAAAGUGUUCGUCCUACCUGGCGGGAAAGUCCCUUUUGUCAUUCGAGGGGUUGAUUGCUCAAAGCCUUGGUCUACGGGGAAAAUGAUCGGAGAUUGCUUUCUUCAAGGCGUCAUGGACGGCGAGCAGCUUGAAGAUUCUUCUUCAGAGGAUCGGGUUGUCGCGGAAGAAUGCGCACCUAUAAUCGCCGAAUUCACGGAACCGAUUCGCGCUUUAUCCGAGAAGCAGAGAUUCAAAGAGCAUAACGAUUCUUCCAGGAGAUGGGAGGAAGCGCUCACUAAAUUUGCGUCCUUCGCGCAGGAACUUAAAAGCGCUAAUAGACAGAAAGGGUUACGCCAUCCUUGUGUUCUUUGCUUGGAGUAAUAUGCGAGGUUGCCGGUCUAGUUUAAGACGCCGUUUCGGAUUCGUAUGCAGGAUUCUCGACAGGCCUUUAUAUACAACACGACGAUUCCAAGCUAUGCAACAUAUAUCAUUAGAUAUUUAUGUG